UGAUUUUCAUGGUAAGUAGGCACCUAAUUUUUGGAAAGUGGAAACAAUUUAUUUUAAAUAGUUUUAGUUGUUAAUUCGUCUGUCUUACUAAAAUGUCUGAAAAUAAUGACAUGACUGACAUGAUUGAUAAAAAUCUAGAAGAUAUAGAAAUCCAAGAAGUCCUAAAAAAUGGAACCGAUUUACGAGAAUAUGCUUUACAAAUCGAUAAAAAUAUCAAAGAAGCUGAAAAAGGCUCCGUAGCUGACUACUUAAAGGAAAGUGAAAAUAUAGCAUCACUGCACAAUCAGAUCGAAGACUGCGACGAAAUUCUAGCCAGAAUGGAAAGCAUGCUAUUAGUAUUCCAGAACGACCUGGGCAGUAUUAGUAAUGAAAUCAUAAGUUUACAAAAGCGGUCAGUCAAUAUGUCUAUUCAGCUUAGUAACAGACAAGCACUCAAAGGCCCUCUUGCAUCGUUUAUUGAAGAUAUGGCUGUUUCAGAAACUCUUAUAUUUGGAAUCAACAAUGUUCCUGUCAUUGAUAAAGAGUUUAUGGUGCAGUUAGCAAUUUUAAACCAAAAAUUAAACUUUGUUAAAGAACAAGACUUCAAGGAAACCAAGGCUUGUCAUGAUGUCAAAGAUGUACUAGAAAAGUUGAAAAUCAAGGCCAUUACAAAAAUCAGGACUUAUAUAUUGGAACAAAUUUACAAAUUCCGGAAACCAAUGGCCAAUUAUCAAAUUCCUCAGAAUGCUAUGUUAAAAUAUAAGUUUUUCUUUGAAUUUAUAUUAGCAAAUGAAAGAAAUGUUGCACAAGAAAUCUGCAAUGAGUAUAUUGACACUUUAAGCAAAGUUUAUUAUUCAUAUUUUAAGUCAUAUGCUUCAAGGCUGGAUAAGUUAAAAUAUGAAGAAGUGCCAUCUAAAGAUGAUUUAAUGGGAAUUGAAGAUGGCUCUAAAGGGGGCUUCUUUCAAAAGUCUAAUUUAAAAAAUAAAAGUACUAUAUUCACAAUUGGCAACCGUGGUGAUGUUUUGGCUCAAGAACUUGAAGCACCUAUUAUUGUACCUCAUGUACAACAAAAAACAAAGUAUUCAUAUGAAGCACUAUUCAGAAGUCUCCAGUAUGCCCUUGUCGACAACAGCUGCAGGGAGUAUUUAUUCACAACUGAGUUUUUCCAUGUAAAAGGAAGCCAUGCACAGGAAUUGUUUGAUAGAAUAUUGGGAAAAACAUUGUCAUUGCUUGUGAAAAAUGUUGAAAACUAUGUACUGGAGUGCUAUGAUUGCUUAGCUCUAUUUUUAUGUAUACAAUUGAUAAACAGAUACCGCUGGAUGUGCCACAAAAGAGCUGUGGCUGCAUUGGACAGUUAUUGGGAUUCGUUACUUGCUACCCUUUGGCCCAGGUUGGAAUACGUUUUAAAAAUGAAUAUACAAAGUGUUAGAGACUGUGAUCCAGCAAAAAUAUCUAAUAAAGAAAUGGGACCACAUUAUAUCACCCGAAGAUAUGCAGAAUUUUCCGCUGCAAUGCUGAGUUUGAGUGAACAGUUUCCUUCUGAAGAGCUCAGCAAUUUACUACUGGCUCUCCAAGAUGAGGUGCACUGUUUUUUGCUAAAAAUGGCCGCAGAAUUCCCCCAGAGAAUACAGCAGUUAAUAUUUUUAAUCAACAAUUAUGAUAUGGUUUUGAGCAUAUUAAUGGAAAGGACAAGAGAUAAUACAAAAGAAGCUGAAAGUUUUAGGGAGCAAUUGCAAGCUAGAAGCACCGAGUACGUUGAAGAGAUACUCAGUCCCCAUUUUGGUGGACUUAUGCAAUUCGUAAAGGAAGGUGAACAGUUAUUGGAAAGUGACAGGAAAAGUGAUUUGGCAAAUUUGGAAAGGAAAUCUAUUUCACUCGUCGCCUCCUUUACUGCAAGUUGGAAACAGAGUCUAGAAGAAAUCCAUCGAGAGGUUCUUGUAUCUUUCCCUAAUUUGGUAACCGGAUCUGGGUUAUUGCAAAUGGCACUUACGAAUUUUGUACAAUAUUAUCACAAAUUCGUUAAAUUAUUAACACCCAAUGCUCGCACCCAACUUGUUAACAUACAUGUUAUAAUGGUAGAAAUCAAGAAAUAUAAAACAAACUAUUAAUUUAA